CCUGUGCAGGUUUUUCAAACUGCGCAGGUGACCGGCGCAAGAUCGAAAAUCGAUUCUUUCGAGUGACACCGUACGGUGUACCUGUGCGUGUGUGCGUGUACUCCGGUCGCCUGCGCAGGUCGAGUCAGUUGUUUCCUAGUGUUUCUUUCAGACGGUUGUUUCAUCGCUCGCAUCUUAUUGCCAGAAAAUGGCGCCACCAGAUUCAACUAAAAAAAUCCUUGAAGAUUUUAUCGAAAUGUAUAGAAGUAAUCCAUGUCUUUGGCAAAUUAAAAACAAAGAUUACCAUAAUCGAGACAAAAAAGAAGCUGCUUAUAAAUUACUAAUAGAAAAAUUGAGAGAAAUUGAGCCAGGUGCGAACAAAGAUGUAGUUGUGAAAAAGAUCAAUAACUUAAGAAGCAAUGUUAGGAAGAAAAAGAAGAAAUAUGAGCAAUCUUUAAAGUCUGGGGCAUCUGCUGAUGAUGUGUACCGUAUUAAACUGUGGUACUACGAUUUGUUCAAUUUCAUUCAUGAUCAAUGCACUCCAAGGGAAUCUUCAUCCAACUUAGAUAGUGAUGACGAAAAUAGUUGUGAGAAAGACAACACUGAAGACUCUUCAAAUGCCGCUGAAGAAUAUUCAUCCAACAGCGUAUCUACCGACAACGAGGCUCGAUCAACAUCGUCAAAUAAUAAUAAUUCAUCUCGCCCACCAAAACCUUGUAAAACAAAAAGAAAAGAUGAAAGCUUAGCAAAUGAAGUAUUGGAAUCGGUACGAGAUCACUUUAAGCGUCCUCGCCCAAUUGUAACAGAAGAUAGGUGCGAUAUUAUUGGAAAAAAUGUGGCGAUGAAAUCGAGGGCUUUAGAUGCGAAACAAAUAAUAGUCGCAGAAAAACUUAUAAAUGAUUUACUUUUUGAAGCAGAAAUAGGAAACCUCACUCCCGAGCAUGCCUAUAUUAACAUGAGAGAUAUUUUGAAACAAAAUCAACGAAGCUAUGUUCCUGCUCAGCAAUAUCGACAACAUGCAUAUCAGUCCUCUCCUAAUUCCAAUAGGGCAUAUACCCCUGUAAGUUUUGUUUCUUCCGGAAGUCCUAGUCCACCCUGCCUUCCAUUUCCCACUAGUCAAAAUUCAGAGUAUAUUUCUCAAUCAUUUCAUACUAGCCAUCUACUCAACAGUUCCCAAGGCAAUCCUUACUCGCCACAAAUACGAACACCUACAAUUCCAGGAAAUCAGCCCAAUGAAACAGAUGUAGUUUUAUCGAUUCCAGAUUCGGCAGCGACAUUCCUUAAUAAUUUCAAUGUUGAUAAUUAAUAAUUUGUACGCGACACUUUUGUAC